UCUUAGCUAUUCCCCGUCGGUUUAUGUUAGGGCCUAUUUCCUCCGUCACCUUCUCCGCUACCGGCGAGAUACCUCGCCGUCGAUCUCCAAUCUUUCAGUUCUUCUUCAGAUUCUACAUCGAUUCUCCCAAUUUGGCUUCUUAACGAUUUUGUUUCCUGAUAUAUCUGAUGAGAAGAAGUGUCAUCUCGCAAAUGCAGCGAAGCCUCUCAAUGGAUUUUACUUCACUUCUUCCUCUGCAACUUCCAUCUCGGAUGGAGACUCAUCUUUGGUAUAUUAGACCAGAUGAAGUGAAAUGUGCAUCUCUUCUAAAACACUACUCUCAACUUUUGUCACCAACUGAGAAAGAUAGAGUUCUUCAGAUGCGAGGCGAUGAGCUUAAGAAGAAUGCUUUGCUUGCUCGCACCUUGGUUCGGACCACUAUUGCUCGAUAUCAGACAAACAAUGGGGUCGAUCCUCGGUCCUUAAUGUUCAAGAAGAAUAUCUACGGGAAGCCUGAGGUAGAUUGGAAGAAUUAUACCAACUGUAAUAACCCACCAUUGCAUUUCAAUAUCUCCCACACAGAUUCUUUAAAUGCCUGUGGGGUGACUGUACAUGUUCGGGUUGGUAUCGAUGUUGAAAACAAGGAAAGGAAAAUUAAACAUGAUGUCUUAGCAUUUGCAGAAAGAUUUUACUCUGCUGAUGAAGUGAAGUUUCUGUCAACUAUACCGGACCCGGAAGUUCAGCGAAAGGAAUUUAUCAAGUUGUGGACUCUCAAGGAGGCAUAUGUGAAAGCAUUAGGGAAAGGCUUCUCUGCUGCACCUUUUAAUACCUUCACAAUCCAGUCUAAGGCUGGAACAGAAGGAGGCUACAAUCUUUGCAAGACAUCUAAAAUGACGGUCAGUUCACUGGAGAAGACAGAGAAGUGCUACGGAGAAUGGAGGUUUGCCCUUUUGGAGUUGGCUGAUUCUCAUUAUGCUGCAAUCUGUACUGAAGAUGAUCAAGCUAGUGGAGGUGCAAUUUCAAUUGACAUAUACACUGAAGAAUCCAUUUAUUCAGUGAUUUCUUCAUCACAUCUUUCUCCUUCUUGCAGGUGCACCUAUGAGGGUGAUUGUCCGAAAAACCAUCCCGUUCGUAGAAGAUGAACUUAUUUCUAAAUCCAAACUUCUGUAGUUAAGUGCAGCCUUCGACCUUCAGAUUUCUGUAACCAUUUUGUUUUGAAUACACCCACUGUAGUAGUACAAUCGAAUAAUCAAAGCUUUUAGAUACCUUGGAAAGUUA